AUGAGGUUCCCAUCAUUAACGUCCGCUCUCUUUUGGAUAGCGGGUAUUGUGACAGCAAUUCCAUUGCCCGGGGAGUCUACUACCCUAAAACCACGUCAAUACAGCGAUACAUCGAACGACCUCAAAGAUGAUGCCUGUCGAGCGAUCACUUUUAUCUUUGCACGUGGUUCUACUGAGUCCGGAAAUAUGGGGAGUAUCGUUGGUCCAGAAGUGUGUGCCGAUCUUCAAAAUCAGCUUGGAGCAACUGAAGUUGCAUGUCAAGGAGUCGGCUCACCAUACGAUGCUACACUCGAAGACAAUUUUCUUCCUCAAAACACCAGCCCCACCGACAUUGGAGCGGCCACUACCCUGUUUGAGUUGGCUCACACCAAGUGCCCUGACACCAUCGUCGUGGCUGGUGGAUAUAGUCAAGGAACCGCGGUAAUGGAUGGCUCGAUUCAAGCCCUACCAGCAGCGAUCCAGAACCAGAUUGCUGGUGUUGUUCUUUUCGGCUUCACCCGCAACGUACAAGACAACGGUGGAAUCCCGAAUUUCCCCGCAUCCAAGACCAAGGUCUACUGUGCACUUGGUGACCUUGUUUGUGAUGAUACACUAAUCAUUACCCCUGCUCACCUCACUUAUGGUUCUGAUGCGUCGUCAGCCGCCAGUUGGCUGAAGGCGGAGAUACAAGCGGCAAAGUAA